AUUUGAAUUUGAGCCAACACAGUUUAUAUUUUGCUUGACACAAGUCAAGUUGGCCCCUGGACGUUAUCCGUGAGAAAAGCGAACUGGCCUGUUCCAACGAAUGAGCAUCAGCUUCCCGAGCUUAGUGACGAGAAAUGCAGGAGCGCUUCCUUCCUGGAGCACCAAACUUGCCACUGACAUUGGCAUCCAGCGAAAUCGAACUUGCUUGUUCUUCUUAUAUAAAAUAUCAACCACGCACACAUCAUGUUCGACGAAUUGUUCCAACGAGGAGAAGAAGAAGGUCAUUGUUAUCUCCGGACCCACUGGAGCCGGCAAGACAAAGCUGGCCUUGGAUCUGGCUAAAAAGCUUGACGGAGAGAUCAUCAGCGCCGACUCCGUUCAAAUUUACCGCGGCCUCAACGUCGGCUCCGCCAAGCCAACUGUCGCCGAGCAGAACUCAGUUCCCCAUCACCUCAUCAAUAUACUGAAUCCAUCUGAAGAGUACUCUGCCGGCCAAUAUUUUGAGGACGCUCGGAAGGCCGCUAAUGAGGUUAUCAGCAAGGGCAAGGUGCCUCUUGUUACCGGAGGAACCGGACUUUAUCUCCGGUGGUUCAUUUAUGGCAAACCUGAAGUCCCAAAGUCGUCGCUUGAUGUCACUUCCCAAGUUUGCUCGGAACUGAAGCACUUGCAGGAGAAAGGCAUGUGGGAUGAAGCCGUGGAGCUGGUGGUGAAGGCCGGCGAUCCAAAGGCUCGAACUUUGCCGCCGAACAACUGGUAUCGCUUGCGUCGCAGCCUCGAGAUCAUCAGAUCCUCGGGGUUUCCUCCCUCCGCUUUUGCUGUGCCAUACGACUCCUUUAAAGAACAAACUGCGUUGGAACCGAGGAGCUCGCACCCUGCUGGAAAAGAUCUAGACUACAACUUCAUAUGCCUCUUCCUUGCAAGCCCAAGAGUUGAUCUUUACCGGGCUAUUGAUCUGCGGUGCGAGGAAAUGCUCCGGGAUACUGAAGGGCUUCUUUCCGAAGCCUCAUGGCUUCUCGAUAUCGGGCUUCGGCCGAAUUUGAACUCUGCGACGCGAGCAAUUGGGUACAGACAGGCAAUGGAGUACUUGUUAGAAUGCAGAAAUUGCAGAGGGAGAAGCACGGCCGAUAGCUUCAAUGCAUUCUUGUAUGAGUUCCAGAAAGCAUCUCGGAAUUUCGCAAAGAGGCAGAUGACUUGGUUCAGGAAUGAGUUAAUUUAUCACUGGAUUGACGCAUCAAGUCCAUUGGAGAGUGUGGUUGACUUCAUUUGCAGUUCUUACAAUGAGCAGAACGAGAAGCUGGAGGUGCCCAAGCAUCUUCUAAUGACCAAGGAUGCGAAUGUGCGGAAGGAGAACUAUGAAUUGAAGUCUUAUCGAAGUCAGUAUAUGAUUUUUAGGAACGAAUCAGAUUUUCGCCAUGUUUUAGAUUGGGUGCGGAGAACGCAACAAGGCUAACAGCAUAACAAUUAUUCUUUAAAUAUCAGAGAUUUGCUGUGGAGUGCAGAAAGAUGUUUUGUUUCUUAAGGUAAGGUUUCUAUAUUUCAUCAUGAAGAAGUAGCGAUUAAUAUUAAUAAAAAAUAACUGUUCUUAGUC